AUGCCCGACAGCCUGAGCGGUGCCUUUGUAAAUGUGCAAAACAGUGACUACGUGUUGGCGACGUACAGAGACGGCGAUCACGAGAGGAUCAAAGGCAAGGCCUUCGACCAGACCAACAAACACAGGUGGACCGCUGAGAACUCGAAAGACAAGGACGAGUGUCUGUGGACGGUCAAGAACCAAGAUACUGAAGAUUAUAUGACAUGGAACUCGAGCAAACAAGUCCUCAUGAGCAACAGUAAGCACUUUUGGAAAUUGAACUUCAAAGGCGACAAAUUUGCAUUCCAAAUCCCCAACGACCCCAGCGAGGACGAUCAAGCCUUCUACUCUUUAGAACUUGAGGAUGAUGGAUCGGUCACCCUCAACGACCAGCAAGAGCCACCCACCGAUAAGCAGCUGUGGACAGCCGAGAAUGAAUGA